CCCCUCACAGAGCGAGAGAUUAGAGCUGGCCAGAGCAGCCUCGGCUCUUGCAGGCGCAACCGUCAGACUGAGCUCAGGGAAACUCGGGCUGUUUCACAACUCUCCUCAGACCCAGUCUGCACAGUUCGGGCCACGGUAGAAGCAGCUGGCCUAGCACAGAGAACAAUGACACCCGGGCAGAUGGAUGCAAUAGCCACGAAGAGAGAAGGAUCGGCAGCAGGGGACCGGUCGGCGGCUUUCUUUCCGCCGCAGCCUUCUGUUACAUCAUCAGCUCAGAAGGGUUUCCCGUGCCAAGGUUCUGUUAGUGAGGAAGACACCAGCUCAGCUACUAACGUGGAAGACGAUGAAGAUAACGAGGAGUUCUUGGAACAACUCAUGACUCUGACCUCUCGUGGCUUACCUCAGCUGGAGGUUGAGGAGAAAUACAGCACUGUCAAGGAACUGGGCAGCGGCUCCUAUGGACAUGUCUUACAUGUCCAGCACCACGAGAGAGGCACUUCAAUGGCGCUGAAACUGAUGUCCAAGGAAAGGACAGGGAGGCGAGAGUUCCUGAGGGAAUAUUGCAUUGCUCUCUGCCUUUCCUCACACCAUGCCCUACUCCGAACAACUGGCAUUGCUUUUGAGACAUCUACACAUUAUGCCUUUGCGCAGGAAUUAGCGCCAGCUGGGGAUCUCUGUGCCAUUCUGAGUUCUGGGCAGGGCAUUCCUGAGGUACAGCUGAAGAGGUGUGCGGCCCAGUUGGCUGAGGCAUUGGAUUUCAUGCAUGGCAAAGCCUUGGUGCAUCGGGACAUAAAGCUGGACAACGUGAUGCUCUUUGACAACAAGUGCCGGCUGGUGAAGCUGGGUGACUUUGGCCUGACAAGACUGGAGGGCACGCCAAUAGCUGCCAUGUCUGGCACCCUGCCCUACUCUCCUCCCGAGUUAUGCCUUCUGGAGGGCAAUGAUACUCUGUCUCUGGACUCCAGCCUGGACGUCUGGGCCUUUGGGGUGCUGCUGUUCUGCCUUGCCACAGGUUGCUUUCCUUGGGAUGUAGCCAUGAGCCCUGACCCUCAGUUUGAGGAAUUUAGUAUCUGGCAGAAUCGUACAGUGCCAGGGGAGGCUCCUGGCCUAUGGAAAGGCUUUACCAUCAGCAUCUUGGGCAUGUUCCGUCGCUUGAUGACUACUGACCCUGAUCGUCGCAGCCCUGCUAUCGAGGUGCACAAGUACUUACAUCUGCAAUGGCUGGUGGACAGCUCCAAAGCAACUCAGAGUCCACUGGAUGGCCACCUCAAGGAAACAGAUCCCUGGGUACCGCUCAGAGGCCCCACAGGGAACAAUACUGAUUUGGUCAGUGGCACCCAGGAGAAAUGCCCUGGACUGAUCACCACUGAAAAAACCCAUGCCAUACAAAUAGAUCCCGAUCUUAGAAGCAGCCCCAGUUUGCAGGAAGGUUCCAGAUUAGCAGAGGCUGGACUUCAGCCUUGAACAAGGUCCGAAGUGAGAAAGCUGUAAUCUUAUAUGACAGGCCACCAUGAGCGGAAAGACUAAAGUCAGGAAGACAGAACUUAGCAGUAGUCUGACCAACCAAGAGGGUAGGUUUUAGAAGCACUGAGCAAGGUAGAUCCACCCUUCCAUCUAGCUACUGAAUAGGGCACAGUAGAACUGAGUAGAUCUUCUCCCUAAACGAGAUGGUUGGUGCACAGCUGGGCAGUAGUGAUAUCCAGUUACCAAACAUGAAAUCCUACAGAACAAAUCCUAUAGAAAUUCUACAGAGCAGGGCUAUAGGCAAUAAUUUCAGGAGUUCCAGCUUAUCUGAGGUGAUGCUGCAGAUAGGGCAGCUGGCAAAGGCUACAAAAUAGCUCGAGUUGGCUCUGGUAUCUAACACAGAAAUAUGAUACAAGCAUGCUAUACUAAUGGAUGUCAGCGACUAAUGCCAGUGUGGGGUGCUUUAUAGGGACUUCUGUUUAGUAUGAGCCUCAAGGCAAAAGUUCUUUGGCACAAAUAAUAGGAUUGGGAGUUUCAGUUUGUUUUCUCACCUGUUUUUUUAAGGUUUUAUUUUUCUUAAUUUAAUGGUGCAUACUUCUUCUGCAAUCUUUCCUAACAGAGACAUCUUGAUGACUUUCCUCACCUUUUUUUAUAAUAAUAAAGACAGUUUCCCCCAUGUUCCUUGGUUCCCCCAUUCCCUCCUGAAAGUUCUUGUAAAUAUAGUAGUGUAUUUAGAAUGUAAAUUGCUGCUGCAGCCAUGAGACAGCCCUUGUAUGAGGCAAGGUGAAGUGGCCAUUUCAGGUAGAAAAUUUUGGGUGUCUUCAGAGUGGAAAACAGACAGCUGCACAAUAUGACUGGAGGUUCUGUGCAAAUCCCUUAGCUGACAUGGAAAUUCAAAAAAUGGACUAGGCUUCUGUACAUUUCAACAAGUCAUACACACAUAUAACCUUUAAUGGCACAAGAGGUCCAAAGUGAAGAUAAACAAUUAAAAGAAUAUAAGACACUUCUCAAUAAAGGCAUAGUAAAAAUGGUAAUUACAAAUAUCCAAAUCCAAAUCCAAUACAAAUGUAAUGCUAAUUACAAUUUUGGAGCGAAUUGUAAUAACGUAACAAAGAAACUUGGCUGUCGUUUCCAAAAUAUGUAAAUCUUCAUGAUUCAGUGAAAAUACAGUCUUAUGCAGAUCGGAUAG